AUGAUUGUGUCGACAAGUAUUACAUUACAGAUGUUAACAGUUUCACUGUUGACAAUACAGAGAGAAUCGAUUCACAAGAAUAUCCAAAACGCUUUGCCAUUGAAAGAGUCGUACGAUUACAUAGUUAUCGGUGCCGGCAGUGCCGGUGCAGUUGUGGCCAACCGACUAACCGAAGAUCCCAACAUCAAUGUACUGCUGCUUGAAGCCGGUGGUCCACAGACAGUGGCCACCGAUAUGCCCGGUCUGGCCAUACCCUUGUGGAAGGACAUACCGGUAUUCGACUGGGACUAUCAAACAGUGCCACAAAAGUACGGAUUGGCGCUGAAAGAACCGGGCGUUUUUGGCGAACGCAAAGGCAAGGCCAUUGGCGGUACGUCGACCAUCAACGGCCUGAUACAUGUUGUCGGCAAUCGACUAGAUUUUGACGAAUGGUGCUAUAAGUACGGUGCCGACGGCUGGAACUAUGAGGGAGUACUACCGUAUCUCAAGAAACUGGAAAACAAUACCGACCCCAGAGUUGUACAGCAAAAUCCCGGCUAUCACGGAACUCGCGGACCAAUAUCAAUGAUCAGCGACCCGUCACCCGCUCCGCUAUUGUUGAAGUUUCAAAAAGUCUACAACGAUAUGGGCUACGAAACAUUGGACGUAAAUGGACCCAAACAAUUGGGUACUGCUUUCACACAGAUGACCGUAAAAAAUGGCUACCGAUGCGGAACUGGCAACGGAUAUCUGACACCCAAUAGACAUCCCGACAACUUGAAGAUAUUGACACAAGCGUUGGUCACAAAGAUUCGUUUCACGGAUUUUGCCGACGAAAUUACGGCCACUGGUGUCGAGUUUAUCCGGCAAAACAUCAAAUACAAAGUCAACGCAAACAUUGAGGUCAUUGUGAGCGCCGGUGUCUACAAUUCACCACAACUACUGAUGCUAUCAGGUGUCGGUCCCAGAGCUCAUCUACAGUCGCUGGGUAUUCCAGUGGUCAUGGAUUUGCCUGUCGGUAACAAUCUUCAAGAUCACCCGAAAGUGGUGUUUCACAGUCUAAUCAAAGACCAGGACUCGCAGCCGCGCGAACCCGAACUCAAUAUACCACAGAUGUACGACUUCUUCGAGCACCGUAAGGGACCGCUGGCCAGCUAUUCGUGUUUGUAUACGUUUUUCAAUACCAAAAGCAACACCAAUAUCCAGUGGCCGAACAUUGUUUUGGCCGGUUUUGUACAAAAAUACAAGAAUAAUAUUACCGAAGUUUGUGCCAAAUAUGGCGAACGAAUUGACGAAUGGAAGCAAUAUUUUAGGCCAUAUUUGGGUAAAUAUUAUCUGCGAACUGAUGCCAAUCUACGCAAACCAAGAAGUUUCGGUAGUGUCCGACUGGCCUCAGCUGAUCCCUAUAGAAAACCGCUUAUCGAUCCCAACUUUUUCGAUGUCCAACAAGAUUUCAACGAUCUGGUAGAGGCGGCAAAGUUUUUGCUUUAUCUCUUACAAGAGUCGCCUAUUUCCAGGCACCUGGAGUUUAAUCAUAAUCCCAUACCCGGCUGUCAAAUGUGUAGCGACCGACCCAUGUAUGCCUGCGAAUCGUACAUCCGAUGCUAUAUCCGAUUGAACGGAGAAAAAGAGUUACAUCCGGUCGGUACGUGUCGUAUGGGUGCCGUCACCCGUCCGGAUACGGUAGUCGAUCCGACCCUUAAAGUGAAAAACCUGUGCCGACUGCGUGUAUGCGACGCCUCGAUAAUGCCGACCGUAGUCAACGGUAAUACAAAUACGCCGUCCAUUAUGGUCGGCGAAAAGUGCGCCGAUUUAAUCAAAAAAGAUUUAUAUUCAAAACGAUCGCUUAAUAAACAACAAGAAUCGGCGGCCAAAAAAAAGUUUUGA